AUGUCUGGAAACGAUUCUCACCGUGGUGGCACUCUUUCAGAGAUGGCUCCGACUGGAACGACUAUUCCUAAUGAUGCCGGUCUCCAGAAUACAAUUCCAUCAAAGGCACGCCCAGAUCAGCAAGGUGAAAGCCAUCGAUUCAGCUACCAUGGGCUUGCCCAGCCCAACGUCGCUUCUGCCGCCGAUAAUGCCACCGAUAUGCCACGAAGCGCUCGUGAUGUAGGCCAGACUGGUGAAGUAAUGACUGGGACUGGUGAUUCUCUGUCGGCGGAGAUCGAGACCGAGAAUCUACACUUCCAAGUCAAUGAUCCUGGUGCCAAGGGUCAUGACCGUACCCUCAAGCAUGCUGUGAAAAAUCGCGGCGCGUUCGAUAAGCUAGUUGGCGAGGAUCCUGAUGGGGCACAGGCUGUUGCAGAGCCCGAGCAGAGAGCUUAA